AUGGACUUUCUUGAUAAUGAGAUGCUCGAUAUUGAGAUCCAUGAUAUUGGGAGCCUUCACCAUCUUCUUCAUGUUGGCCUUGAAGAUAAACUAAAAUUGGCAUCUUCACUAUCCAUAUUUAGAUCAAUUGAAUUCAUACCAGGGGAAGGUGAUGACUCGGUAUUGAUUGAAAAUGAUGAAGAUGACGUAACGGGGCCAUCACGCUUAUGGAAUAAAACAAUAUUACAUGAUAUAAUGACAUCUUGUAUCAUAAUGCAUAAUAUGAUCAUCGAAGAUGAGCGUGAUAUUGAUGCACCAAUUGAAGAACGGGUCGAAGUUCCAAUUGAAGAAGUUGAGAUGACGGGUGAUGAUGAUACUCGAUUUCAAGAAUUUUUGGCUCGGCACCGACAAAUUAAAGACCGAGAAGCUCAUAUUGAACUUAGAAAUGCUUUAAUUAAACAUUUGUGGUCGCAAUAUACUAAUUCUGAGAAUUAG